UUUGUUCUAUCUCUGCUGGACUGACCGGUUGUAGGCUCGGUGUUCCGUUUCGUCAGCAUUCUAUCUAGCUAGAACAUUUCCCCUCGACACAAAGGUUUUAAUAACUUGCCUGCCGUUGUUCGGGGAUUCAGGCAGCCAGUUCAGUUCGCAUUCAUCGUUGCGCAAAACACUCAAUUUGUGCUGAAGUUUUCUAAUUGUUUUUUAUCACACUGGCGAACCGAAAUUGCCGCGUCGGUUAUCUUAUCAAUUAGCAAGUGAUAGUAAAAAUCGAUUCCUCAUUAACCGGCUGCGAAAAUAGCCAUCGUGGUGUGGUCACCGCAAGAACAACAACCGAAAAUGCUGGGCUGAGUCAGUCUUUUGGUAUCCUCGUAACAGGGUAGGAAUUGGAGUGAUAGUGUAUUUAAACAAAAAUCGCAAACCCUUCAAAAGAGAGUGCAAAAAUCAAUAAGUCCUUUCUUUUCCGUUUCGUAACAAAAUUUAAAAAAAGCAAAACAUGGCGGCAUCCUAGCGAAAGAGAGUGUGAAAAUCGGUUCCGAAAGAGCAGAAGAUAAACUCAUUAACAUAAAACAAUAACAAGUGAAAACAGCAACGCAAAAUUCACACACGCCAGCAAACACAAGCAGGCAGAGCCGAGUGGUAAUAAUUUAGUGCUUGAAACUUACCCCGCCGUCGCUGGCCCGCACGCGCCGCACCUGGUAAACCCGAGUGAGUGUGACUAACCGAGUAGUGUGUGGCCGCAUAUUAACCCACCAGAGCAUGAUGGCGGAUACUAACUGCAGCGGUACUUCCGCUGGGACAGCACCGAUCACCGAAGUGAUCCCCCAGUGGAAGAAGGAGCUGAUCCAGCGCCGGAAGAAUUUGGCCAAAACGAUCGGUGCCGCUGCCACGCAGGUGCACGACAGUGCUUCCACGGUGGCAGCCGCACUCACAACACCGACCACACCGAGGGCUGGCCCCGGCGGUGUUCCCUUCGGUAGCGGUCAGAAAGAUCCAUCGGUAGAGGCACAGUCAAUUGCAGAAAGUACAACACCACCAGCAUCAACAGUCGAGUCCCCUGCUAGCCCUACUCCUUCCAUAGAGCUCAGUAGUAAUAAUAGUGAUUCACCUGCUUCACCUACAGCCGCCGUCACUUCGCCGACGUUGUUCGGUGCCCCGGUGUUCGUAGGUCAUUCGCAUUCGUCACCAGUGAAUGAACAGCCACAAGUGUUGGUGAAGUCAUUCAGCGGUACCACCAACACACCUAGCAGUGCCACUCGAGGAACAACCGAAGUGCUGCUUGUCGGUGGAACGUCAGCAGAGAAACAACCGUUGCACACUCAGUCACAUUCCAAUGACGGUACGGAGAGCACCAGCGCCAGCAGUAGUGCCAACAGUCGAUCAAACCAUCUUCCCAGCAGUGCGUUGAGUGGUUCGCCCAAAGGAGGUGGCGGUGCUCCAGCAAACAGUGGUCCAUCGGGAAAGUAUGCCGUGGUCGGUGGUAUUAGUGCUAGUGCUAGUAGUGUUGACUGUGAGCUAACGCGACCAGCCCCGGGGGAAACCAACAGUUAUAGCAGUAGUGAGAUCGGUUGGAAAUUAAAGAAAAACACUUCAAGUGCUUCUUCUUCUGUUAGCCCCAACAGCAGCAGUAGCACCAAAAUGGUUGCAGCUAGUGCUGAAGAGAUUAUUUAUGAGAAGAAUCGAUUUGUAGGAGCCGGGAUUGGUGGUGAAACGGGUGCCCCCGUAGACGUGGACACUUCAGAAGAGUUAAAAUAUGGACCGGGAAUUGUUUCGAAGCUACGCUGCCGGUAUUUGAGUCUUGCAUUGAGGCAAUCGGCUAACAAGCAGAGGCCCUCACUGAAUAGCAUGCGCCGAGCGACCAGUUUGAAUAAUUUGCUCGACGAGGAAAGUGAGGAUUUAAGUGAACGGGAACAAUCGAUUGACGGAAAGGAUCAAUCACAUGACAAACAUUACCAGCAGGGAAAAUUUGGUCGGGAGCAGCAGCAAAACCAGAUGAACCUGCAGCUGCAGCAGAAAGCCAAAACUCCGGACGAGUAUAUUUCGACUUUUCAGAAGAGCGUGCAGAACAGUUAUACGCGAAGUGGCCGACAGACGGAAAAGAAGAACGAGUACAAUCGUUAUAACAAACAGCGUGGUGCGGAUUCGUUGAAACGGGCCCGAUCAGUUGAGGCGCUGGUGCGCUACGAUCACAAGGCCUGGGAGCGCGAUAUACAGAAGGAAAACCUGUACAGUAGCAACGACAGCAAUGUGAUCAUACUGGAUGAGAUUUGUACCAACGGGACAACCACCGCCAACGGUAACAGUAACAACAUCAACAACUGUCAACUGGCGGCGAUGAACAAGGCUGAAUUAAUAGUGGACUGUGUCACGAUCGAGGAAAAGAUCAUUAACGGACGAGAAAAAGGUGACCCGAAACCGAAGCGGUUGACCUCGUUUAUCGAUGCGGACGAGCGUCCCCCGCCAGAUGUGGUACGGCAGACGAUGAAAAUCUUCGAGGCGAACGCCAAUCGAAGAGGUCGACCCACUGCCAGGACUAACGGAGCUGCCGGUGAAGUUGCUGCCAAAGUGGCCAGUUACAAAUCUAUCAUUUCGCUAGAGAAACCACCAAUCACGCAUCCUAAGCCUCCACUUAGUCCCAAAAAGCCAAAUAUUAUACCACGAAACACUAGUCCCAAGUCGAAUGGCAACACCACCACCAGCAACACUGCCAACGGUUUGAAGGAAAAACCGAACCUGCCGAAGUUGGACAUUACUGCAAUCCGCUACAAUCUAGAAACAACAAACAAUCUAAAGAACUCGGCUACUUCGCCCGUACAGACGCCUCCCUCGGCCGGUUCAAAUCCAAACAAUACAUCCACACCGCUAUCAGUGCGAGUAGAACCGGUGACGGCUUACCGUCUUAAGUAUGACUCACCCGUCUUAUCGCCUAACACUGUUCAACACAAUAAAGUCAGUGCGACGACAACGACGACGACGACAAACCGACCGGAGAGUCCUCGCUUCUCUACCACAGCUGUCUCGGCUAAUAUGCAAAAUAACACAACCAGUACUGCUCACACAUUCGUCGACUCACCAUCGAUUCAAGCACUUACGAGCAAACUGAAUAAUCUGAAUAUCGCGACCUCAACCCCGACCAGCACCCGCUCGCCGACGCCGUCAGAUUCAGCAGUUCCGACCGUUGCACCGCCACAGGUCCCGCCUCGUAACAUUCUUCAGUACGCUACAAGCGAUGAGGAAGACCCCGACGAUCCAGAGGAUCUACAACGUGAGUACUCGAUAAACAGUGAUCACGGCAGCGACAGCCAAUCGGAUGACCUCGAACUGGACGACGAACCGGACCAAAUAAAGAAGGUUUCCCGUACAACGAUGGAGAACAUUUCCAAAGCCGGCGUUACGACGCAAUUCCGAUUCAACGGCCAGUCGCAGAACAAAUCGCAUCUCCCCUCUCUCACCACCAGCAACAGCAGCAGCAACAGCAACGGCAGUAACUCAACAGCUGCAGCUGGUGGUGGUGCGAAAUUGAUCGCCAGCAAGAGGCUGAAUAUAGAUGAUCAUCUAUCGUCAAAUUCUUCCUCGACGUCGUCAUCGCCCAUCACAGUGCCAACAGUGCCGUCAGCCGCCGUUGUCACCCAGAAACCGCCUGUGCCACUGUCACGUGAAAGUCUCGCUGCCAAUGGCCAUAAGCCAGCGGCAACCAUUAACAGCAUCGGCAGUAGUGUCACAGCCAAUCAUAAUCUUAAUAAUCUUAAUAGUAGCAAUGCCAAUACUAGUGUUAAUAGCAACGGAAGCAAAGUAGUGAUAAAUGCCAACGUCGGCGGCAACGGUAACGCAAACGGCGAAUCGGAUAACGCCGCCGCCCCAACCGCCGCCGUAGCUGCUGUCGGAGCAGCAGUGAGUGCUAAUAGCAGUGUUUCAAGUGACGUGAAAACGGUGAAUCUAACCGCUCGCGAGAUCGAAAAAAAUCAAAUCAAUCUGGAGAAAUCGAGUGAAGAGUCGAUCAGUGCAACUAGUAGUGCUACCGGUGCAAAUGUGGUAGUAGUUUCGAAAGCGAACAACAAUAACAGCAGUGCUGCCGGUAGUGAAGUCGGCGCAGGCGUCGGCACGGCGGCGGCGACGACGACGACGACUGCCGGUCCCAGCAGCGGUGGUGACUUUUUCAUGGCCAAGUGGGGCACCCCGACGGUGGCAGCGGGUGCUGCAGCAGCAACAACUACUUCUGCUGCUGCUGCUGCUGCUGCUAGUCCCGUCACUGCCACCACCAACAACAACAACAACAUCAACAAUCCACUGCUGGUACCGAUUAAGAAGAAAGUUAAGGCGCCGCCACCGCCGCCCAUCGAAGCCAACACGAUGGUGUUCAACUUUAGUGACCGAAAGGAUGUGCCGGAUUAUAUCGAAAAUGAUGGGAUUAUUCUGCGACCGAGACCCCGGGAAUUACCCAAGCCCGGCGAAUCCGGUUUUGUGGUACUGGGCGACCUAACGCUCGAAACCUCCACCGAUCCGGAUGAUUCGUGGGCCUUGGGACCGCCGUCGCCAUGUGAUGUUGAGUUCGAGAAUGCCAACGUUGUGAUCAACGGUAAAUCCAGUAUGAGAAACAAGACUAGUAGGGAUAACAAGUUCAAAAUCCAAUUCGAUGACUCAUUAACCUCGACCUUUGAGUAUCCGUCGGAAACGUCAAUGCUGGACACGAACGGCUUCGAGGAUGAUUCCACCUGCGGUGCCAAAAGUUUAGGUCUACUGGAUGCUGCUGCCAACAGUCAACCCACCGGUGGUUCGGGUGGUGCCGGUGUAGGAGCUGGCGGCCUUGCCUUCGCUGAUAAUGGGCUGCUGUCGCACAAGAAUAACCUGCUUUCGUCGAUGCCACUAGGCUCCGCUCCUUUUGCUAGUUAUACCCCAGUAAAGGCCGCCAUAGAUACUAACUUCGAGCUGGGCGUAACUCGGACCCCGUCGCCCUCGAGUACCGCCAGCAGUACCAGCAGUAGUAGUAUUGCAAACAGCGAGCUCCAUCCUCACCAGCAACAGCAAUCCCAUCAUCAUAUGAUCCAUCCGAGCAACGGCAGUCAGCAAAGUUCCAGCAACGGGACCGGUUUGCACCUUCACCAACAGCAGCAGCAACAACAACAACAACAGCGGCAGCACCUUCACCAACAGCAACAGCAGUCUGAUCGAAUCAACGGCGGUGGCACCGAUGGGCUGCUACUACUGAACGGAGAAGCUGGUGAACCGGAAAGCAUACAGUAUCUGAAGCCGGCAUCGGACGAACAAACGGUCAACUGGAGCCAGGGAACGCGGGUCACUGAUUUGCUGUUUUAGAUGCCGGGGUACGUGAGUAUGAUUAUUAAAUUGUAACAGCUUGUGUAGUUGGUUUAAACUUUUUCCGUGUAAUUAUGUACUGGUAUAGCAUCUAAAUGGAUUAUGCUUAAAAUCAUCGUGAAUAUUUGCUAUCACUGCGAAACAACCCGUUAACCAAUGUAUUUUCAUAUGCAUUCGGUAUAUAUCAGAAAAAACGUUACACUAAUCAUGAGAAAUGGACUCAAACGAACUCAGUAUCGAUCGGACCGUUCAUUUUUAAUCGAACAAAGUAGGAGUUUUUCGAAAAAGACAAUUUUGUGCAGUAUUUAGAGUUUUUUUAGUAUACGUAAGAAGACGGUGGUAAGAAACAAUUGAAUUGAUAAAACGAAGAAUUUUAGUUACAACCAUCAAAAACUACUGAUUCACUGUCCAUUUUCGGUGUCUAUCAAAAUAAAUUCUUGUUGAAAGCGAUAGAAGAACGUCUAUACAUAACAUUCAAACGAAUAUUAAUCAUUGUGAUGAAUAUACAAAAAAAAUGAUAAAAAUUAUAAAUUAUAAAUAAAACAUUAUGGAACUAAGCGAAAGUUUAUACACAAUAGGCUUACUAUUUUACCUAUCUAGAACAGUAAGGGGAACAAUUCUAAAGCAAAAAUUCCAUGCCUCUGACGAAGCGAUCAAAGGCGAGAAACUACUCCCAUUCCCUCGAUUCCCAACCGUCGGAAAACUGAUAUACAAAUCAAGAUUUACACAACAUAAAAAAUAUCGUCGUUUUCUAUCCAUUUUAUCGUGUAGCGAAUAAAAAUAUUACAUUAACUUAACAAGAAUAAACAAUAAAUAGUCAUCUAAAAACAAUGGGACCGUCAAGUGAAUAAAAAUAAACAACGCAAUCGAAUUCCGUAAUGUGAACGGAACUUGAAUGAAUCAUGGCAACCAGCAUGAACGCGAUGAAUGUGAGCGAAUGUUGUGAGUGUACUAUGACGCAUCGAGUGAUGUUUGUCCGUUGCUUUUGAGAGAGUUCGGAAACCGAAGCUUCCUAAUGAUGUCUGCAAGGAGCUAUUAUAUAGAAUUAAUAAAACAAGAUUAACCUAUCGAACCGAUGACGAUGGAAAGAGGAUGGUCGACGAUAGAGCGAGAGAGAGAGAGAGAAUAGCGGUCACGGUUGCUUGUUAACUGCGCUCUACAAUCGAAUGAGCAAAUUGAGCGGUGGAAUCCGUUGUCUGAAUUUGAGGAGCGAAAAACGCAAGAAAAACGUGUAAUUAUAUGAAUAGACUUUUCUUUCUGUUUCCUCUCUUUUUACUAUAUAUUAAUUGUAAUCAUGCCCCAAUAAAGAGAUAUCGAAAAAGUCUUAUGCAUUUUAUGUAAAAAUAUACAACUGCUUGUUUUAUUUGUCUUAUGUUAUUAUUUUUUGCAUUACACACUUUCUUUGGUUUCGUUGUUUUGUUCUUUUGCGGUAUUAGGGUAGAUAAAGCCAGUCAUAACAACAAUGUCAGCUAUGUAGUUGACGAGCUCUUUGAAAAUGUUUUUUUUUUUUAAUUUGGUUUUAGAGGUUUUAACCUUAGGAUCAUUCACCUCUUUGUUGGGUUAGAGAAAUCUCUUUAGAAAAAUCUCUAACACUAUGUGCGGGGUUGGGAAUUGAACCCAGGUGAGCUGCGCACAAGGCAAUCGAUUGAAAAUGUUAUAUGGACUUUAACUCGGCAUAAUCAUAAGUUUAUCGAGAUUUGAACUAUUUUAACUUUUUUAUAUACACACAGAAAAACAUCGUCCUUAACCAUUUUUUCAAAUACUAUGUAAUUAGGGCCGAAAAUCCCGUUAUCAAGAUACACUCUGGGGGAAUAUGCAGCACGAAGUUUUACUUAUCGAGCAUAUCUUUCAACUGAUAAUAAAGAAACGUUUCCUCCUUCGUCAACUACUAUGAUUUGUAGUCAGCAAACUAACGGUUCAUUCAGAAUUUUUCCUCAAAGUGUAUUUUGACAGUUUGCUUUAACACCCUUAUCAUAUGUUACUCAAGGCUUGUAGUAGUUCAAAGGUAUCUAACCCCUUAAGCGAUGCUAUCGUCUGUAUGAAGCAACACUUAAUACCUACAUUUACCAUUGCUGGCUCAUCUACUCUAAUAUAAUUAUCCUUUUAGCAUUCAGCAUUUUUAAUUCUGCGAAAGGAAAGAAUAAACCACCGAAAACAAAAUAUGUAUGUUCCCUGUUCUAGUUCGUCCCAACUAAUGAACCAUGUAGUAUGUGCUUCAAAAACUUUGCCUAAUCAAGUUUACAAAGGCUAAUAAAACCUGUGUGAAUUAACG